AUGGUCACACAAACUUCUGGCGCCUCUGGCAAACUCCAGAGAGUCGCCUCGCAACCUGAAAACCCAUUUUCGGCCUUGAUCACCGAUCAGUCCAUCGCGAUCAUCCCCUCCUUCACUCUCGAGUCUGGUGUUACCUUGCAUAACGUUCCGGUGGCGUACACCACCCGCGGCAAACUCUCCCCGAACGGCGACAAUGUCUUGGUGAUUUGCCAUGCCCUCAGUGGUAGCGCUGAUGUCGCGGACUGGUGGGGCCCUCUGCUCGGUGGUCCCGGUCAAGCUUUCGAUACCUCGCGAUUCUUUGUCGUCUGCCUUAACAGUUUGGGCAGUCCGUAUGGUAGUGCCAGCGCUGUGACCUACAAGGACGGAGACCCGGAGAAGGGCCUUUACGGACCCGAAUUCCCUCUCACCACCGUGCGUGAUGAUGUGAGAAUUCACAAGAUCGUGCUCGAUGAUCUUGGCGUACGGCAGAUUGCUGCCGUCGUGGGUGGUUCCAUGGGUGGCAUGCUUACCCUCGAGUACGCCUACUUCGGCAAGGAUUAUGUCCGUGCCAUUUGUCCUAUCGCCACAUCUCCCCGUCACUCUGCUUGGUGUAUCAGUUGGGGCGAGGCGCAACGGCAAAGCAUUUACAGCGAUCCCAAGUACGAGGAUGGCUACUACUCGUUCGAUGACCCUCCUGCGACCGGGCUAGGUGCGGCCCGCAUGUCUGCCCUUCUUACAUACCGCAGCCGCAACUCUUUUGAGUCUCGCUUCGGCCGAAACGUGCCUGAUCCCUCCAAGCGCCAGAACAUUAACGGCACCGAGAGAUUGCCCAGUCCGCCCAACGAGCACUGGGCCGUUCACAACGAUGGGCACAAGAGCAGUGGACGCAGCUCCCCUGUGCUCCAGUCGCCUGCGCUUGCCCAGCCGGCCGAAAUUCUGUUCCAGGACCCGCAGUUCUCUGGAACCAAGACCUUCAGCAAGACUGUCGAACCAAAGGGCAAUCAGAAGAAGCUUCCCACUUAUUUCUCAGCUCAGUCCUACCUUCGCUACCAGGGCGAGAAGUUCGUGAAGCGGUUCGACGCCAACUGCUACAUUGCGAUCACCCGCAAGCUUGACACGCACGACGUCUCGAGACACCGGGCCAGCGCAGACUCUGAGAAUCCUGUCCGCGAGGCACUUGGCCAAAUCGAGCAGCCUGCGUUGGUUUUGGGCAUCGAGACCGAUGGACUGUUCACUUUUGAGGAGCAGCAGGAAAUCGCAGCUGGUAUUCCGGACUCGAGAUUGAAGCGGAUCGAGAGUCCCGAGGGACACGAUGCUUUCCUCCUCCAGUUUGAGCAGGUCAACAAGUAUAUCCUCGAGUUCUUCCGCGAAGUUCUUCCGGACAUCAUGUCCAAGGUUCCCGAGGGUGGCGCCGAGGCUGUGGAUGGCGUGAAUAAGCUAACCAAGAGCAGCACAUUCGGCGAAGCGGAGGUGGAAGACAUCACCGCCUGGUAA